AUGUGCAAGAGUGGUUUCCACGGGAGUGAAAAGGAUCAGUGUUGCUACCUCAAGAAAUACACUGAUUCUUAUGUGUUUCUACUCUUGUAUGUGGAUGAUAUACUAAUUGCUGGAUCAAGUAUGAGGGAGAUAAACCACCUGAAGUACAUUGAGAAGGCGUUGUCCAAAUUCAAGAUGAAUGACACUAAACCCAAGACUACCCCCUUGGCAAAUCAUAUUAAAUUGUCAAAGGGGCAAUCUCCCAAGACAGUUGAGGAACGUGAGCACAUGGCAUCAGUUCCGUACGCUUUUGCAGUUGGGAGUUUGAUGUAUGCUAUGGUACAUCCAGUACUUCACUUUGUUAUGGAAAUGACAAAUGGAAAUGACAAAGUAGUUCUGCAAGGUUUUGUGGAUGCUGAUCUGAGUGAAGAUGUAGACUCUAGCAAGAGCACAUCUGGAUAUAUCUACACUAUAGAUGGAACAGCAGACAAUAGUAAAGAAGAAAAAUCAAUUAUUCCUCCAUCGAUAACUGAGCUCCAAGAAGCCAGUGUCACCAUCAAGAAAGCAGAAAAUGCCAAAUGUUUUAUGAAUGUGAGCUUCAAAAAUGGGGUUUUUGAAAUCCCACCCAUACUUAAUGAUGAUUACUUUGAACCCAUGAUGCGAAAUUUGAUAGCGUUUGAGCAUUUUUAUGUUGGAAAUGACAACAAGUGUAUCCAAUAUGUGUCAUUACUAGAUCAUUUGAUAUGUACAGAGAAAGAUGUGAGUGUACUUGUGAAAGCCGGAAUCGUAAUAAACGAAAUUGGAGGUAGUAGUAUAGAAGUUUCAGAACUAUUUAAUAAUCUCUGUAAAUUUGUUACAGUCCCAAAUUGUUGCCACUUCAACGAUAUCAACAAAGCUUUACGAGAACACUGCAGUAGACGAUGGAACAAGGCGAUAGCUACACUCAAACAUAACUAUUUCAAUACUCCUUGGGCUAUUGUCUCCUUCGUUGGUGCAAUCUUCCUCCUUAUUUUUGCCCUGCUUCAAACUAUAUUUUCUGGUAUAUCAGCAUUUCUUAAGAAGUGAAAUCUAUCCAAAAAAUAUAGGUAUGUUUCUUUUAAAUUUUCCUCGUUCAAUCUU